GAGGAACGAACACAUGCCAUCGAGGCCGUGCUCCUGCACUGGAAGUCUCUCUCCGUUCCGGCUUUUCGCGGCCUGAAUGGCUGGCGACACGAACGCUUCGGUGUCUACGAUAACAGCGGCAGCCUUGCCUUUGCUGUCGAGCGGAGCGGCGCCAGUCUCCUCGGCAGUCGCUGCUACGGCUGUCACCUGAACGGCUACAUCAGGGACCCGGCCUCGGGCCAGAUCAAGAUGUGGAUCGCCCGACGAAGCCUCAAGAAGCCGACUCACCCCGGCGCCCUGGACAAUAUCGUUGGUGGUGGCCUCCCCACUGGCUCCUCUCCGCUCGCCAACAUCAUCAAGGAAUGUGCGGAAGAGGCCGGCAUCCCGGACCACCUCGCCUCCAAGGUCACGCCGUGCGGCACAAUCUCGUACAUCACCAACAACUGGUCUGAUCCGGCAAAGUCCCGGAACGGUUUCUACCAAGACACCGAAUAUGUCUAUGAUCUCGAGUUGAGCCCUGACUUUGUACCCCAGCCCGAAGACGGCGAGGUCGAACAGUUUUAUCUCUGGGACCUUGACACGGUGAAGCAGCACAUUCUCAACGGCGAGUUUGUGCUCGAGUCUGCCUUUGUGGUCAUUGACUUUUUGAUCCGCCACGGAUAUCUGCAUGCCGGAAACGACCCGCAUUUCCUCGAGAUUGUCACGGGCAUCCAUCGCACCCUGAUCUCGCCCGGCCCG